AUGCCCGGAGCGGCGGCGGGGGCGGCGGCGGCAGCCUCGGCAGCGGCGGGGAUGCUGCCGGCUCAGGAGGCGGCCAAGCUCUACCACACCAACUACGUGCGGAACUCGCGGGCCAUCGGGGUGCUCUGGGCCAUCUUCACCAUCUGCUUUGCCAUCGUCAACGUGGUGUGCUUCAUCCAGCCCUACUGGAUCGGCGACGGCGUGGACACCCCUCAGGCGGGCUACUUCGGGCUCUUCCACUACUGCAUCGGCAACGGCUUCUCCCGGGAACUCACCUGCCGGGGCACCUUCACGGACUUCUCCAGCCUGCCCGCGGGAGCCUUCAAAGCCGCCUCCUUCUUCAUCGGGCUCUCCAUGACGCUCAUCAUCGCCUGCAUCGUCUGCUUCACCCUCUUCUUCUUCUGUAACACGGCCACCGUCUACAAGAUCUGCGCCUGGAUGCAGCUGACCUCGGCUGCCUGUCUCGUCCUGGGCUGUAUGAUUUUUCCUGAUGGCUGGGAUUCAGAUGAGGUAAAACGGAUGUGUGGUGAAAAGACAGACAAAUACACACUUGGGGCUUGUUCAGUCCGCUGGGCAUAUAUCCUGGCUAUUAUUGGAAUCUUGGAUGCCCUGAUCCUCUCGUUUCUGGCAUUUGUGCUUGGCAACAGACAAGACAGCUUGCUAGCAGAGGAACUCAAGUUGGAAAACAAAGUUCCCAAAUCAAAGACCUCCUUAAGUUACAAUAAUUUCUGCUCUGUUAAAGAACUUGCUGAUUUGUACUUAACAUUCUGGAAGGAGUAG